UAGCUCAACCUAGCUCAACCGACUCGAGCAGCUCGAGUCCCGUAUCGCGUAAUCGGUGUUAUCGGAAUCUAUCGGUGUCAAUUUUUCUGGCGUCGAGUGACACGCGAGUUACGAGCCAAAUGGAAUUUGUACUUAUCAGUUUUGUACCUUCACAUUUCUUCAACAAUCGCGCCCUGCACUUGACAUAAUUGACAACUCGGAGUGGCACGCGUAAUUGACUAAUGGGGAACGAGAGAAGCACUCUACGCGGACUCGAAAUCGAAGAAAAGGCUGUCGAAGUUACGGACUACUGGAUGCAUUAUGACGCGAGUAUACACGACUCGAGUCUGCAGAGGCUGUCGAUCUUCAUCAGCGAACCGUCUUUGCACUUCACUGCAGCCUUCGGAAGGCCGUCACCGUUGGAGCGGGCAGCUAAGAAUUUUAUGUUGCACCGACAUCCGUGUAUCUUGAAAUAUAUCUCUUCGUGGAACAAAGGAAGUAAGUUCUUUCUCGCUACUGAGGAGGCCAGGCCGCUGAUUCAAGUGAUUGAGAAGCAGAACAUACUGCAGAUAUGUAUUGGCCUGCACAGUAUCCUGCGUGCUUUGGUAUUCCUACACGAGACCGCAUUGGCGUCACAUAACAACGUGUGCAGCAGCUCGAUUUACGUCACUGCGGAGGGAUAUUGGAAACUGGGUGGGCUGGAGUGCCUGUGUAAGUUUGCGGAUGCCACACCGGUAUAUUAUCAGAGGAUCAAGAAUUACAGGUACGAAAAGGCGAUAUCGCCAAACGAGGAUGUAGCCGACUUACUCAAGUCCACCAAUCUCACUGCGAUUGAUUCGUAUGCAUUUGGAGUGCUGAUAGAGGAUAUCCUAAAGAACUUGCAAAAUACAGAUGAGCCACCAAAUUUGUUGGAAUUUCGGGAGUUUUGCAAACAGAAUCUGCAGAAUCUAGAUCCGUGCCUGAGGAGUACAUUGCGGAACGUACUACAGCACUCGUUCUUCACUCACGAGUUCAUAAAGAUACACGCGUUCCUGGAAGAAUUGCCGUUGAAAACCGAGCUCGAGAGGGGAGAGUUCUUCACGAAAUUGAGGCAGCAAUUGCAGAUGUAUCCCGAAGCUGUUGUCGCCGAGCAACUUGGCAGAGUGCUUCUCUCCAGGAUGGUUUUGUUGGAUAGCACUGCUCAAGUAAAACUUCUACCUUUUAUCUUUAAACCCAAAGAUGAGAAGAACGAUUUAGGGACUAGUCUAUUCACAGUUUCCACGUUUAAGAGCAUCUUGGUGCCGAGGCUUCUGCAAAUGUUUUGCAUCCGUGACGUUUCUAUCCGCCUGUUGCUGCUCUCCCACUUCAACUCGUUCGUCCACGUGUUCGAGAAGGAAGAAUUGAAGAACCACAUUCUUCCCGAGCUGCUUGUCGGAAUAAAGGAUAUCAACGACGAUGUCGUCUGCGCCACGCUCAGGGCACUGGCCGAUAUAGUGCCGAUCUUGGGCGCGGCGGCGGUUAUUGGAGGGAACAGGGGCAAACUGUUCGCGGACGGUCGACCGAAGAAGAUAAUGGCCCGUAGCAAGAACGAUAUCAAGAAGGCUUUAACGUUCACUCAGGAAAUGCCCGUCUUCGUGAACAUCGACGACAGCAACGUCCACCUGUCCGAGAGACCGUCGCCGGACGGCGGUGAGGAUAAGAGAGAGAAAGAGUUCACGUUCGCCGAGGAGGAGUGCACGUGGUCGGAUUGGGAGACGCAGGAGUCGUCGGUCGGGAACAAUAAUCAGUGUCACGUAGCGGAUGUUCCUACGGAGGCGACGCAGGCGGAACUACAAAACGGUGUAGACGCGACUGCUGUCCCUUUACCAGAAUCAUCAUCAUCAUCGUCGUCGUUGUCGUCGUCGAGCGCAGUAAAGACAAAGUAUACGAAGAAACUGGUAAUCUCUGACAUCACGGAGCUCGACAUAAAGCACUCCAAAGCGAUCAAGUCUCCGAAGGAAGAGUUUGACUUCUUUACAGACAUGGAGCCUGUGAUACAGAAGACGCAGAUCUUGCACAUUCCGGAGGUGCACUCGCCCAAGAACAUAUUCGACGUGAAAGUAUUGAGCACCGCUCCGGAGGAGCACGACGACAACGGUUGGGGAGAGGACCUAAGCGACUUGAGCAUAGACGACGCGCAUGAACUGACGGAAGCACAGCAAGCCACCGCUCCGUGAAAAACAAAAAAGAGAAAGAAAAGAAUGGGUUGACACGAUUUUCUAAAACUCAAGAUCUAGCGUUGUUUGAUAUUGCACAAAUGACUGAUAAGCUCACUUAGCCGUAACCCGUUUCUAUAAACGUCCAGCCGUAUGUGAUUACCGACAGUACCAUGUAUACCGUCAAAGUAUUUUUAAUAAAUGUAAAAUUAGACUGA